AUUAGAAAAGAAAAAUUGCAAGAAUUCCUCAGUUUUCCAACUGUGUUUUUUCGUGUGUGUGUAAAAGAAAAAAUUUUUCGGACAAAAAACCAAAAAGAAAAUUUUCCUCAUUACAAAAUUUUUCCAAAAAAAAGAUUAACACAUAAAUAUCGCAAUUGGAAUUUAACAAAAAACGAACAACUAAUUAGAAUACAAAAGCUUAAUAAUAGAAUAGUAUUUAUGUAUAACUAAGCAAAAAAUGUGCACAAAUAUUAUGUGAAGUGAAAAAAAAAUAUUGGCAUUGAAACGAAAAAGAAGAAAAGAAAAAAUUCUGUAGUAGUGAAAAAAUCCAUUUGUAAAAAAAGAAGAAAAGGCAUAGCAGAGGAGAGCACUCUAUGCCAAUAGAACACAACGCUAUCAUCAACAACAAGAGCCAUAAAUGCAUUAUACAUGUCCCACUUAUUAUAAAAAAAAACUCUACAGAAAAUCGUGACCCAUAUCGUUAAAGGUUGCUUGCUCUGCUUUGGCUUUCAUUUAAAGGAAAAUCGAAUAGUGAAAUAAUAAAGAAAAAAAGAAAACUUUAAACAAACAUCAAAAUCAAUCAAGUGAAGUGAAUCAAUUCUAUCUAACGAAACCAACCAAACCAAACAACAACCUUCUUCCUUCGUGUUCAGCACAACAGAAACAGCAACAACAACUACAAUUUACUAAUACAACAUUUUCUUUUAUUAUUCUAUUAUGAAAACAUAAAAACAACAAUGACAACUACUACAACGCUGCAUCAUUAUUUUGUCUUCAAUAUUAAAAAUAACAACAAAAUAGAAAAUCGUUAAAAAUAAAAAACCGAAAAAAGCAAAAAAAGAACAAGAAUCCCUCCACAAUAUCCUCUAAAACACUCUCACGAAAACAAUAAUAAAACAAUAACAACUGCAAGAAAAACGGUGGCAACAAAACAACUACAACAAUAGUAUCGUAAAAUAACAACAACUACAAAUUAAAUUGUGUCAGUCGGUUCUAUAGUAGUUGAUGUUCUUCUUCUCCUUUUUGCUCCAUCAAUAAAGUGCAGUUAGUCUUCCUUCUACCUGUGUAUUUUCGUGUGUUUAUUCUUCAUUCGUUCAAUAUUUUUAUACAGUUUGUUCCUUUUUUUGUUUUGCAUAUUUUUACCUUUGCAUCCGUAUCCGUUUUGUUCGUUCGUUUUUUUUUAUCACGUUUCCGUUUGAGUAACCUCAAAAACAUUUUGUGUAAUUAAAAAAAAAAAAAAAACGACAACAAACAUAUAAAUUUAAAUAAAAAAUCUUGCUAAAACAAAAACCAACAACAAUAACAACAACUAUUGCUUCUACAAAAAAUCACAGCUUCCACACACACAACAAUGUUUACGGGUAAAUUACAAAUAAAAGUCUGCGAGGCGAGCGGUUUACGCCCAACAGAUUUUCAAAAACGUCAUAAUCUAACAUUUGGAAAAUUGGCCGAUGAACAAUUAAUUGAUCCUUAUGUUUCGAUCGAUGUUGAUGAUAAUCAUUUUGAUCGCUCAACAACACGUCCAAAAACAUUUGAUCCUGUAUGGAAUGAACAAUUUGUACACGAUGUAAUAAAUGCAAAAAACAUCAAUUUAACGGUAUUUCAUGAUGCAGCCCUCCCACCGGAUGAUUUUGUGGCCAAUUGUAUAAUACCAUUUGAAGAUAUUAUACAACACGAAAGUAAUGUACCAGAUUUAUGGGUGAAUUUAGAACCUCAAGGGAAAAUCCACGUAGUAAUUGAAUUAAAAAAUAAAAAUGAUACUGCUAAAGAUACUAAAGAAGUGGAUCAUCCCGUUACUGGUGGCGCUGGCGCCAAUAAAGAAUUUAAGGAGAGAGCGGGUUUUAAUCGUCGACGCGGUGCUAUGCGUCGUCGUGUACAUCAGGUUAAUGGUCACAAAUUUAUGGCUACAUUUUUGCGCCAACCAACAUUUUGUUCACAUUGUCGCGAAUUCAUUUGGGGAAUUGGUAAACAAGGAUAUCAGUGCCAAGUUUGCACCUGUGUUGUACAUAAGAGAUGUCAUCGUUCAGUGGUUACCAAAUGUCCUGGCAUGCGAGAAGAGGUAAAGCAAAACAAUUUGGAACCAGUGCCAGCAGGUCAACGUUUUAAUGUUAAUGUGCCACAUCGUUUUGUCGUACACAAUUAUAAACGCUUUACAUUUUGUGAUCAUUGUGGUUCCCUGUUAUAUGGCCUAAUUAAGCAGGGUCUCCAAUGUCAAGUGUGUAAUAUGAAUGUACACAAGCGUUGCCAAAAGAAUGUAGCAAAUACGUGUGGCAUAAAUACUAAACAAAUGGCUGAAAUACUUAGCUCACUGGGCAUAUCGCCCGAUAAGCAGGCACCUAGACGAUCAAAGUAUUUAAGUCAACCAGGUGGUGAGGAUAAUUUCGGAGCUAGUAUUCAUGGCGAUAACAGUGAUUGUAUCUCAACUACCACCCGUAGUUCAACAAUGUCGCAUCAGACUUCAUCGUCGGGUAGUUCUGGUGCUACUAAUAUAAGUGGCGGUAGCGGAGAUAUGGGAAUGUCGAGUUCUAAUCGUUGUUAUGAUUCGCGUCCCGGUAAAACUUGCUUGCAAGAUUUCAAUUUCAUUAAGGUACUGGGUAAGGGCUCAUUUGGCAAAGUUAUGUUGGCGGAAAAGAAGGGCACCGAUGAAAUAUACGCCAUCAAAGUGUUGAAAAAAGAUGCAAUCAUACAAGAUGACGAUGUCGAUUGUACAAUGACCGAAAAACGCAUUUUAGCUUUGGCAGCUAAUCAUCCAUUUUUAACGGCUUUACAUUCCUGUUUUCAAACUCCGGAUCGUUUAUUUUUUGUUAUGGAGUAUGUUAACGGUGGUGAUUUAAUGUUUCAAAUUCAAAAAGCUCGCCGUUUUGAGGCUGCUCGUGCUGCCUUUUAUGCUGCCGAAGUUACAUUGGCCUUACAAUUUCUACACGCUCAUGGUGUCAUUUAUCGCGAUUUGAAAUUAGAUAAUAUUUUAUUGGAUCAAGAGGGUCAUUGUAAAUUGGCUGAUUUUGGCAUGUGCAAGGAGGGCAUUAUGAAUGGUGUCUUAACUACCACCUUCUGUGGUACACCCGAUUAUAUAGCCCCAGAAAUUCUUAAGGAACAGGAGUAUGGCGCCUCGGUUGAUUGGUGGGCUCUUGGUGUUCUCAUGUAUGAAAUGAUGGCUGGCCAGCCACCAUUCGAAGCCGAUAACGAAGAUGAAUUAUUUGAUUCGAUAAUGCACGAUGAUGUUUUAUAUCCAGUUUGGUUAUCGAGAGAAGCUGUGUCCAUUUUGAAAGGUUUUCUUACUAAAAAUCCUGAGCAACGUUUAGGUUGCUCGGGCGAUGAAAAUGAAAUACGUCGUCAUCCAUUCUUCAGUAAAUUAGAUUGGGAUGAAUUAGAAAAACGAAAUAUAAAACCACCAUUCCGACCGAAAAUGAAAAAUCCACGAGAUGCCAACAAUUUUGAUACAGAAUUUACUAAAGAAGAACCAGUUCUAACGCCUAUAGGAAAUGAUGUUGUACGCUGUAUUAAUCAAGAUGAAUUUGCUGGUUUUUCAUUUGUCAAUCCUAAAUUUGGACCAGAACGUAAAGUAUAUUAGAAACACAAACUAAAUACUAACUAAAAUCCUCAAAACAAAAAAAAAAAAAAAAACAAAAAGAAGUAAAACAAAUCCAAAAACCUAUGUAAUUGUCGUUCGUCAACGACGACGAAAGUGAAGAUUUUUUUCCUCAAAACUAUACUUUCAAAGAUUUGGCAAACAAAACUGUAUAAUUAAUUUAUACUAAAAGUUUUAAAAGUUGUUUUAGAUAUUUGCUUUUUUUAAACAAAACAAAACAAAAUGAAAAAGAAGAAACUGUGGUAACUUGUGUCACAGUCGAAUUUAUUAUUAACACUUUUUUUGUUAUUUUAAUUCUUGUUUAAAAUGAAAAAAGAAAACCAAAUUUAACACAAUAUCUACACACACAAAGAAAGAAUGAAAAAAAAGUAACAAACUUUUUACCAAAAAUUAUUAUUACUAUUAAUAGUUAAAAAGAACAAACAAACUCCUUCAGUCAUUUAUCAUAACAUUGAUGAUAAUGAUUGAUGUUGAUUAUGAAAACAAUUUAAAUUUAUUUAUGUUUUAAUGUAUUUGUUUUGACUUUUAUGAUUUUCUAUUCUAUUAACUAAAUAUCUACAUAUUUGUUUAAUUAUUUUAAAUGGAAAUUAUUAUUUUUAUUCUAUUUAUAAGUAUAGAAAGUUAGGGAUUUAUAUUAGAGUCUAAACAAAAACAAAACAAAUGAAAUUGCCUAUAAUUAAAUAACAAACACAUGAAAAGAAAAGAAUACAAAACAACACAACAAAACAAAAUAAAACACACAAAAAUACUUGAAAUAUGUUCCAAAGAAAAGUUUAAACAAAACAAAAACAAAAGCAUAACAAACAAAACAAACAUAGAAAUUAGACAACUAACAACAACAAAAAUUGCGUUAAAAUGAUAAAAGUUUUUAGAAAAAUCAAAAAAGUGCAUCAUUAUUAUAUGUAUAUUAGAUAACGAAAAUAUAACAAACAAAUACCACAAAUUAACAAUUUAUAGUAGUCAAAAUUUGCAUGAAAUUGUUUUACAUUUUUGUGUUUUUAUUUUAUGAUUAUUUGCUAACAAACUCACAAAAUUAUCAAACAAUCAAAAAAAAGCGGUUUAGAAAACAAACCAUUAUCUUUAUUUUCGUUUAAAUCAUUUUCUCUCUAAUUCGAAUUUUCUUAAUGAAUCUCUUUUAUUUUAUUUUCAUUAUUUGUAUUGACAAAAAAGCUCAAAUCUCUGUUUUUAUGUAGUUUUUAGUUUUAAAAUAAAGCCAAAUUUGAAAUGUUUUUUUUUUUUGGUUUGUUAUUUGCAAGUGUUUUUAAGUGAAAUUUCCACUGCUCGAUUAUUUAGUAUAAAUGUUAAGCUGGUGAAUCUCUUUUUUAUCUCUUUUAUUAUGUUUGUAAUUUUCAUUUUCUUUGAAAACGGUAAAAUUGCAUAUUGAUCUUCUCGACAUAACUAUAUUUUUUUAACCAAAUUAUUGCGAAAUUAAUUAAGAACUUAAUUCUAUUAAACAAAACGCGUUGAAAUAUUUGUAUGAAACAUAAUAAAAAUUCCAAAAACUUCCCACGCUUUUUGCGUAAUUGAUUUGUAAAAAAAAAAUUACUUUUUUCGUCAACACGAAUUUCGUAAUAGAUUCCCUUUAUUUUGAAAAUAAAAACUGAAAACUAUAUUCCAAGACGUAUUAAUAAGGUGAGAUCGUCUCGGCAACAAAUAUUUGUUAGUUGUCCAAUAAUUUUCCUGAAUCAAGCAAACAAAAAAAAAUGCAUUUAUUUAUGUUGGUUAUACAUUGGUUUUUCGGAGGAUUCUAUCUCAGAACUCACCUGAUUUUAAUUAGCAAAAUUAAAUAUAUUUUAAGUUUCUGUGUUAUUUUUAAUUUUAAAUAAAUAUUAUUUGACAACAACAAAUAUAAAGAAAGUUUGACAUUAGCGAUCACAACAUUAGUAAACAAAUAAUAAUCAGCUGAGUUCAUAACUUCACCUUAUUAAAUACAGCUAGCUAUAUUCAAUAUUUUAAUAUAUUCAUUCAAAAUACAAUAGAUAACGUCAAAACGUUUGCAAAAUGACAAACGAAAAAAAAAACAUUUCAGGCCAUACUUUAUAUUAAUUUAUGCUUUAAAUGUUUCUAUAUAGUAUAGUAAAUUGUUUUAGCUUCGUGUUUAAAAAUUGCAUUUUAAAAUUGAAUUUAAUUCGAAUCAUUGAAAAAGAAACCACAAGUGAAAAAAACAAAACACCGCACACAACAGUUGAAAUUUAUUUAUAAUUGAACGAUUUAUUUUCGUUUUAAUUUUUGUAGCACAAAAUAGUUUUAAACAAUUAAGAACUCUUCCUUUUUAGCUUAAAAAGUAUUAUUUUUCUUUAUUUAUAUAAUGUAAUUAAAUAAUUAAUUAAUUCGUUGUACAUUAAUCCUAUAUUUAGAUGUUAAAUAUCAUCAUGUUUUAUUGCCAUUUAUAUGUUUAAUUCGUUUUCAUUUUUUUUUAGUUUUUUUCUAGUCAAAUGCUCCUUUAUUUAGAUAAAUAAAUUAUAUUUUAAUGUUUGGAAAUUUGCAUUUUAUACUUUUUUGUUGUUGAAAUUUUUAAAACAAUUAUAGAGAUUUUAUUUUAUAUAUUUACAUACAUAUUUUAUUUAUUUUUUUUUAAGAAUAUAAUUCUUAUUAUAAUAAUUAUUAUUUAAUUUUUUUUUAGCUUUUAAGUAUUUUAAAAUAUUUAUUAUUGUUAAAACUUUUAUUAAAAAAAAAAAUGAUUACAAAAAAUCUAAUUUUUCACCUGAACUUGAUUGAAUUUACUUACUACUACUGCUAAUUAAAAGUACUCAAUAUAUGGGUGUUUUUAAAAUAACAUUUCUAAUUAAGUAAAUACAUAUAUUUCUGAAAAAUAUAUACACACAUAUUUUGAAAAAUAUCCGACAAAGAAAUCGAAAAGAGUUCCUUUUAUUUACCUUCUAGAAAGUUGUUAUUCCACUUUUGGCAAUUAUAAAUACUCAUUUGGAAUAGUUUAAAGUUGGUUUUAAUUUCAAUGAUUGAAUAGAAACAAUGCAUACUACUUUUUUUCAUUGAUGAAACAGGUUUAGUUUUAUAUGCAUUGCGGAAGGUAUUUAUAAAGAUUUACAAAAACAAGUAAGAGAGCUAUAUUCGGCUGUGCCGAAUCUUAUAAACCCUUCAUCACCAAAUUAUACUUCAAAAUGAAAAUAUUAAAUAUUUUUAGGUAAACAAAAUUAAUUUUUUUUCCAAAGUUGUUUUUUAAUUUUUUGGAAAUUUUUUUUUCCAAUUGUUUUUUUAAAUUUGAAAAUUUUUUUUUUGUUUUUUCAUUUUUUUUUUUUGGUAUUUAGCAAAAAAAAAACUUUUGACGAAAAAAAAAUUCGGGUUAAAAAAUAUUUUUUGCGAUUUUGACCCAUUGUAGGUCCAAUUACCAUGCUCUUAUAUACGUCAUUGCAAAGAUCUUUGAAAUAUCUAUCAUUAGAUAUCCAUAUUGUCUAUAUUAAUGACUUAGUAAUCCAGACAUAGGUAAAAAAAGGUUAUAGGUUUUUUCCUUAUAUCUCAGCCAUUUGUGGACCGAUUUUCUCGAUUUUAAAUAGCAACCUUACGAAUUUGAAGGGUAUAAAAAGUCAAAUGUUAAUAACAAUGUUAAACAAAAGUAUGUUUAAUUUCAUAUUGUUUUCUAUAUUACAAUAUGUAUAUCUAAAAAUAAAAAGACUUUAAUCUCAAAUAAUUUUAAAUAAAAGGGAAAUAAUUCAAUUCCCGGAUCAUAUUUAAAACCUAUUCUAAGUGUUAUUUUAAAUUGCUUCAUUGUUGACGAAUUUAAUCGAAUUUAGGAAAACAUUUAAAAUGAAUUCUAAAUUACUAUUGCUUAAGAAGACGUGAAAAUAGCAUUCACUUUGAACUAUUUCCAAUUUUUGUUUUGCUGGGUUGAUAAACAAAAGCUAACGCUAAAGUACAAUAGUUAGGAGGCAAUUGAUAGGCCUUAUCAAUAAAUAUUGAAUUAGUUUCAAAAUCUUAACACAAACAAGUUUUAUAAUUAAACUUUUACCCAUAUAAUUUACUUUAAACAGUUUUUAAAUUUAUCAAAGGUUUAUAAAACAAAUUUUGUAUGGACAUUUUAUUUUAUAAACCUUUAAUAAAUUUAAAAAUUGUUUAUGCAUAUGGGAGUUAAUAUUUAUUUUAUUAAUUUUACAUUCAAAACUGAUUAGGAUAAUAAUUGCGAAAGGAAUCUAGUUCGGUCUGUUUUGUCCUGUAUUAGGUCUGUUUCGGUUUGAUACCCUGUCGCUGAUUUUACAACCUUCGACCUAAUAAGACUCGCGGAACGAAUAUACAAUUGCCGUGGGAUGGUGUAGUGCCAUGCUUUUAUCGACAUUUAUUUUCUCUCGCACAUUUACGGGAGAACUAAAACUUGAAAAUCUAUCCAGUAUUUAAGUAAAUUUGUUCAUUAUUGUAGAUUGACAAUUAAUUUUUGCUUUGCAGUUGAUUUUAACCAUUGAUAUUUAUCAGUAAAUUGUAUAUUAGACAAAGCUUCGUAUUAAUUAAUUAAAUUGAGGAUUCAUUAAUUCAUGAAUAACUUGUACGACUGUUUGAUGAAAAUCUAAAAGAUUUGAUAGUUUACUUGGUUGGAUGGCAAAUUAUUGCAAUAAACUGAAUUUUCUGGAUAUUAUAUGAACGUUUUUGGUAAGAAAUUGUUAAUGUUUACGAAUAAAAAGAUAAUAGAAAUGUUCCGUGUUUUACAUACAGUUUUAUUAUUAAAACUCCAUCGAUAUGCUAAUGAAUAUCGACACUGCAAAAAAGUCAGCAAAUGCGUGCUUACAAACGAAUGGCUUACUUUCCCUUAUGGAAAUUUAAGAAGCUAAAACUAAAUCAAUCGGUAUUACAGGCCUAUAUACUUAGUUCCAUCUGUUAGAACUUCUCGCAUGUUAUAAUUUCCCAAUGGCCUCGCAAAAUAGAAGGUAUCUCGAUUCGCGAUGAAUUUGUAUGUUGAAUACCAAAGUAUAUACUUGUAUAUACAUACAUUUUUUCCGAAAGUGUUGGCUUGCCUAAAUUUAAAUUUUUUGCGAUAUUAAAUUUUUAAUAUUAAUAAUAAGUGUUUAGUUUUUAUAAUUUUCACUUGAUCAUUAAUAUAUUUCCCUUUCCAAUCGAUGCCAUUUUACAGAAAAAUUUGUGAUUCGCAUAGAUAAUUAAUCUAUGUAUGUAUAUGGUAUUUGGACGUUCGAGAAAAAACAUGGAUUUGCAUACAAAUCCAGCCCCUAGUAUUUAAUGGCUUUACGUGUUUGUGGGCAAGCGGGUUGGAAUAGAAUCAAAUUCAAAGUAUUGCGAAAAUUUCAUGACUGUUACAAACAAAAAGUUGUUCAUGUUCUUCUGUAUGGGGCAGACGUGUCUAUGUUCAUGUUCGUUAUUUUUUGUAUUUUUAUUUUUAAAUGUCAAACUUUUGGUGGGAACAAAUGUUCUGUCAACGUUGUUCGAUUAAUAACAUAGCAUCAACAAGAGUUGUCCACAUGAGACAAAUUGAUGUGCGCACAAGAAAUUGUUCGUUGUGGGAACAAAUUUAUAACUAGCCAAGACGGGUUGGUUAUUAUCAAUCUAAUUAAUUAUUUUAAAAUAAGAACUGCAAUAUUUCAAAUGGAAAAUACAAGAGCUUUGUAGUUUUUUUAAAAAAAAAUAUUCAUAUUUAAGUAAAAACAAAUAAGAAAGUAUGGUCGGUCAAGCCCGACCAUAUAAUACCCUACACUAAUUAAAAACAUUUUUCUUUUAAAAUUUCAAUAAUUUAUAUUUUUGAGUGAUUUUCGGAAGUGGACCUUAUAUGGGGGCUAUGACCAAUUAUGGACCGAUCACCAUGAAAUUAGGUCGUGUGAUUUAUGUCUCUAUGAAAGUUUACUAUGUUGAAUUUUGUGAGUAUACCAAAAUUUUUAAGCGAUUUAUGCACGUUAAAGUGAUUUUCGGAAGCGGGUCUAUACAAAAUUUGGUGACAUGAAUUUUGUAUAUAUAAAACUUAUUUUUAGCGCAAUUUGUGGAGAUACAUUUAUAAAUUAAACAUUUAUGACCGAUAAAGUCCAAUUUCGGAAGGACAUUUGUAUGGGGGCUAAUGGACCGAUUUCAGUCAUUUUCAAUAGGCUUGGUCCUCGUACCAAAUUUGAUCGAAAUAUCUUCAAAAUUGCGACCUGUACUCUGCCCACAAGGUUUACUGGACAGCCAACCAGACGGACGGUCAUCGGUUAAUCGACUCAGAAAGUGAUUCUAAGUCGAUCGGUAUACUUUAAGGUGGAUGUUAGACUAAUAUUUUUGGGCGUUACAAACAUCUGCACAAACGCAUACUACCCUCCCCACUAUGGUGGUGUAGGGUAUAACAAGUAAGAAAGUAUGGUCGGUUCCUAAUACCCUACACUGAGUAGGGAAUGAUUUCCGGAAGUGGACUCCACUAUGGUGGUGUAGGGUAUAAAAAUAUUGACACGUAACAAACAAUUUUGUUUCAAUAUUUAAUAAUGAUGCGAAACAAAAUCAAAAAUCGAAUGUUGAACAAAUAUUUUCAAUUAUGUAGCUGGUGUGAACAUGAUACCUUAUUAUUUAUACGGGUUUUCAUGUUUUUAAUCAGUAAAAUUCAAUAUACAUAUCUAUUUAAUUACAAAUGUUAUUUUAAAAUGAAUUGAGUAGUAUUUAUUUUAUUAAACAAAAACAUAAACUAUAUUUAUAUACAAUUAAAAUUACAUUUAUAUAUUUUUAGUUGAAUCUCAACUUUUUUUUAUUGUUAUUUUUUUGUUUCUUCUUCUUUAAUAAAUAAAUUCAUAAAGAAAUAUA